CAAACGACGGCGUCUUGGGACUUCAUGGGGCUAAAGGGAGGAAAGAAUACAAAGCGUAACUUAGCAAUAGAGAGUGAUAUGAUUGUUGGAGUCAUCGACAGUGGGAUUUGGCCAGAAUCCGAGAGCUUCUCUGAUAAAGGCUUUGGUCCUCCUCCUAAGAAAUGGAAAGGUGUUUGCUCCGGCGGCGAAAACUUCACAUGCAACAACAAGUUGAUUGGAGCAAGAGACUACACAAGCGAAGGCACUAGGGAUAGCAUAGGCCACGGUUCACACACAGCAUCCACAGCGGCUGGAAAUGCAGUUGAGAACACAAGUUACUAUGGAAUCGGUAAUGGAACUGCGAGAGGCGGCGUUCCAGCCUCAAGAAUCGCAGCUUACAAAGCAUGUGGCGAGACAGGGUGUAGCGAUGAAUCUAUACUAUCGGCGUUCGAUGAUGCGAUAGCAGACGGUGUUGACCUCAUCAGCAUCUCUAUCGGGGAACGCUUUGUCCACAAAUACGAAAAGGACCCAAUGGCGAUUGGGGCUUUUCACGCUAUGGUCAAAGGGAUUCUUACUGUGAACUCAGCCGGUAACGAUGGUCCGGAUCCGGGCUCAGUCAUAAGUGUAGCACCGUGGAUCUUGACAGUUGCAGCGAGCACCACCAACCGUGGGUUUGUCACCAAAGUUGUACUCGGAAACGGGAAGACACUUGUCGGGAAAUCAUUGAACGCUUUUGAUUUGAAAGGAAAGAAUUAUCCUCUUGUGUAUGGAACUCUUCUUAAAGAACCUCUGCUUAGGGGAAAAAUCUUGGUGAGUAAAUAUCAACUUAGUUCAAACAUAGCUGUUGGAACCAUAAAUCUUGGUGACCAAGACUAUGCCUCCGUUAGCCCUCAGCCCUCCUCUGCCCUGUCACAAGAUGACUUUGACUCUGUCGUCUCUUACGUUAACUCCACAAAGUAACGAACGAUCUUCUCUAUUAUUCAUUUGGUCUAGAUCCCCUACUUUGUCUUGAUAUCUCUGUGUUUGUAUUCUCAGGUCCCCGCAAGCAACUGUUCUAAAAAGUAAAGCAA